CGCAGUAUCUCGGCCACCCACCACCAUCUCCCACUCGUCCACCCUCCCCACUAUUUAUCUCUAAAAAGAGAGAAACGCGUUGCCGGAGUGUGACGCGAAUCCAGUGACGGAGAGCGACCCACUCUUGAAUCAUGGAGUGAGGGGGGACCUCAGGGUGGCCAUGGCGGAUGUGAGGUCGUCAUCGGAGGGACGCGGAGGUGUCUGGCGUCUUUGCCGGAUGCCUUUUUGGAGUUCUGGUACCGGAGCGGCGUCUUCGUCGCAGAGUUCGGUCCACCAAACGAGUCGUAACUCGUUGGGCCAAUCGGGUCGGAUUGAUGGGCAGACGGGACAGAGGCGUGGUGGUGGUGGUGGUGGUCGCUCGGUUUCGAGCGUGGCCAGAACCUUGUUCCCUGCUCGUCGUCGGCUCAAGCUUGAUCCUGCCUCGAAGCUCUAUUUUCCUUACGAACCCGGUAAACAGGUUAGAAGUGCGGUCCGGAUAAAGAAUACCAGCAAGUCUCAUGUAGCAUUUAAGUUUCAAACAACUGCACCAAAGAGCUGCUUCAUGCGACCUCCUGGGGCAAUUCUCUCUCCAGGAGAGAGUUUAAUAGCAACAGUGUUCAAGUUUGUAGAGCAACCUGAAAACAAUGAGAAACCACAAGAUCAGAAGAGCAAGGUCAAAUUUAAGAUAGUUAGUUUGAAGGUAAAAGGACCUAUGGAGUAUAUACCAGAACUGUUUGAUGAGCAGAAAGAUCAGGUUGCAGUUGAACAAAUCCUGCGUGUUGUGUUCUUGGACAUAAGUCGCCCUUCCCCUCGCUUGGACAAACUAAACCGCCAAUUAGCUGAUGCUGAAGCUGCACUUGAGGCACGGAAAAAGCCUCCUGAAGAUGCUGGUCCUCGGAUUGUAGGUGAAGGAUUAGUCAUAGAUGAAUGGAAAGAACGAAGGGAAAGAUACCUUGCGCGGCAACAAGUUGAAGUUGUUGAUUCAGGGUAAUUCGAUCUUCUGCCUAUUUUUGCCUAAUAGGUACUGUGUACUGCUUGAUCGUUAUUCACUCCUUACAUAUGGUCAGGAUGGUUGUUGUGUUUGAUUGAAAUGCUCAAGGGAGGAAUAACAUCCUGAUAGUUUGUGUGAUUUUCUAUGUUUGUGUUACUUCCAUUGGCCUUUAUUCUACUUGUAUAUAGAUGGAUCUUGUUAAUUUGGGAUUAAUAUUGGUUACUCAGACAGCAUUUCAGUUUGAAGGUCAGCAUUUUAUGAAAAAAAAAAAA